AGGACGCAUGCGCGGGAGUUCGCGCCAGGGGUUCCGCGUCCCUGUCCCCCAGUCUCUUUGGUUGCCCGGUCCUGAGUGUGCACCCUGCCCUCACUUCCUGUCCGCUCCGGGACCGAGAGGGAAUGCAGACGGGACGGGUGGCGACGUAGAGGGCCGAGGAGGGACUUCUGCACUGACCCAGGGGCUGGAGCGAAUCCCAGACCAACUCGGCUACCUGGUGCUGAGUGAAGGCGCAGUGCUGGCGUCAUCUGGGGACCUAGAGAAUGACGAGCAGGCAGCCAGCGCCAUCUCUGAGCUGGUCAGCACGGCCUGCGGCUUCCGGCUGCACCACGGCAUGAAUGUCCCCUUCAAGCGCCUCUCGGGUGUCUCCCCUCCAGUGGUCUUUGGAGAACACACAUUGCUGGUGACCGUGUCGGGACAGAGGGUGUUUGUGGUGAAGAGGCAGAACCGAGGCCGGGAGUCCAUUGACGUCUGAGCCUGCCAGAGGGCGCGGGGCAGAGGCGGAUGGGGCCGUGAGCCUCUGUGACGAGGAAGACGCACACCUGCCCCACCUCCCUCUUGGCUUGCCGCUGGAACUAAGGCUGUCUGCUCACCCACCUCCCUGCCCCCCUGCCUGGAAGAGCAGAGGCUUGAGGACUUUGUACGAUGUUAAGGAGAGUGAGAGCCAGGAGACCUCCCCCUUCCCACCCUCCUUAAUAAACCUGAGACUGAUGUUCCCAGCCCA